AUGCCUGCGUCAACACCGCCUGUGUCAGCACCACCUGCGUCAACACCGCCUGUGUCAGCAAUGCCUGCGUCAGCAAUGCCAAAGUCAACCACGCCUGUACCAACCCAGGCUGCAGCAACAAAGGCUGUGUCAACAAUGCCUGUGUCGACCAUGCCUUCGUCAACACCGCCUGCACCAACCAAGGUUGCUGCAACAAAGGCCGCGAGAACUUCUACUCCGAGGAAGACUGCGAAGCGCUCAGCUUCCGGUAACGAAAAAGACACACCAAAACGGGCACGCCUCACGCGCCGCAAGACCAUGGACUCCGCAACCGUGAGCCCCGGGGUGCAGCCCGACGCCUCCGCCGAAAACCCGACCGGCAUCCUGAACGGAAAAAAUGGCCUGUGCCUGCACUGCAAGGCGUACAAUGAGGUGGCUAAAGACAUGGGGCAGAGCACAGCGGACACGUGUGGUGGCGGCAAACAAGCCAAGGGUGAGACACCUGGAGAAACGUGCCAGACCUGCCAAGAAAAGGGUCUGCCCUGCAGCUUCGAAGAUGCCCGCACCGACGAGGGGGAGAGCAACACCGGGAAGCAGUACGAGAGGGCGAAGCGGCUGGCCGAACGAGAGCUGGCGCUCCUGAAAAAGGUCGAGGACAUGCAGACCGAGUUGAACAAACUCAACGAAGAUGCGGAUGAGGAUGUGUUGAUGGACCGAAGGUAUCUCAGCACAGUGAGAAAAACCAAAGAAGAGGCCAUGAAAGAAGCCCUUGUCGAGGUCGACAAGUACAAGGCCGACGCAUUCAAGGCGAUCAACGCCGACCUCAUUGAGCACAGAGUCAACCAUUCGGCACGGAUCGUCGAGGAUCUCGAGACACAAAAGCCCGCCGUCAGAGCCAGGUGGGAGGCUAAUUUCAAGACAGAGUUGCAAGCCGAACGGAGCAAACGUAUGCAACAGUUGUCUGACCAUAUGGAGGAGCAGCAGAGGAAGGCGACGCUCCAAGACGAGAAAGAACUUCUUGCCUCGAGGAAGAAGAAGGAGGCCGAUCUCGACAAGGAGUUCUCCCUCAAGCGGGAGCAGAGGGAGCUCGACCUCAAGAACUUGAUGUCUUCCAAGGAGGCGCAGUUGAUGACCGAAUUUGACACGAAGCGGGUGCAGCAUAACUUGGACCUCGAGAAAUGGAAACAUGAAGAGAUCACGGCGAUCAAUGAGUGCGUUGAGAAAGAAAGAUCCAAAAGAUUCGCCGAGGUGACACAAGAGCUCAAUCGCCUCAUCGUGUCAGUCAAGGCCAGGGAGGUCGAGGUCAUGAACGGAGUUCAGAAACAGUUUGAGAGCUGGAAGAAUCAGUACGCUGGCCAACUGCGGAGUGUGCUCGAAUCCACCACGUCCCUGAUGAAGGCAGAGGUGAAGGCCGAGGUGUUGUCACAGGUGGAAAGCUUGAGGGGCACCAUCAACGCCGAGGUGAAUAAUAAGAGCCGGAUCGACAGGUUGAGCAAGGGUGUUAACCACAUGAUGGCUCAGAUGGCGACACAGGAGGAAAGCCACAAGACACAGAUGGCGGAGAUGAAGAGCCAGAUGGAACACCAUAUUCAGCUCAACACGCCCGUGUCUGCUACCCUCGGGGAGGGCAACGACGGAUUCUCGACACAGCAGGUGCCACACGCCACAUUCGACCUGUACCCGGCCAUCAACACACAACAACGCAAUUCGUCGACCUUCACCGAGGCCAGUCUCCCAACGACAGUUCCCACCAAUGCGUCUACCAGCACUCAGUAUGGUAGCAGCACGACUGGGGAUGAGGUUCUUACUUCCGACGUUGUCCCAUCCAACUCCAGCCCAACCAACGCUGCUACGAGGGGUUCGCCCACACCAACGCCGAGUCGCGUGGCUCCCCUGGAGCAGCAGUCGAUGUCGUCUGGAGGACUCUCCUCCCACAAUGCGGCUCCCUACCCCAACUACCCGAUGAACAACGGAGUCGCCGGGCAGUCACCAUACCAUCAGUGGGUGUCGAAUCCACAGGGUCAGUGGGGUUCGCCAUUCAACUAUCAACAGCAGCAGUACUAUGAUCAAACCCAAUACUCUGAUCAGUAUCAGUACUAUGGUCAUCACCAAUACUACCCGGGGCCGCAACAGUAA